AUGGAGAAUCAGAAGCCUCUUAUUUUAAUCUCCAAUGAUGAUGGAUAUGACGCUAAAGGCAUUAAAGCCCUUAUCGAAUCUAUCCGUACAUUAGGCGAGGUCCUCGUUUUUGCUCCUGAUGGCCCUAGAUCAGGCUCUGCUGGAGCAAUUACUGUUUCAACACCUUUAACAGCAACAUUAAUUCAGAAAGAAGAUAACCUAACAAUAUAUAAAUGCAAUGGAACACCAGUUGAUUGUAUUAAACUCGCAUUGAACGCAUAUGUUCCUCGCACUCCAAAUUUAAUCCUUGGUGGCAUCAAUCAUGGCGAUAACGCAUCAGUUAAUGUACAUUACUCAGGUACAAUGGGUAUCCCAAUCGAAGGCUGCAUGAAAGGUGUACCAUCAAUUGGAUUUUCUGUAUGCGAUUCAUCACCAGAUGCAGAUUUUUCUGCAACAAUUCCUAUAGUACGUCAGAUUUGCGAAAAGGUCCUUAAGGAAGGCUUACCAGACGGAGUUUGCUUGAAUAUUAACUUCCCGAAGAGAAACGAGUUUAAAGGAAUACGCGUAUGCAGGCAAACAAGCGCCCAUUGGGGUGAUGAAUUCAUAGAGCGAACACACCCACGAGGAUCAAAAUAUUACUGGCCAUCUGGAAAGUUUUACAACCACGAACCAGAUGCUGAAGGAACAGACAGAUGGGCCCUUCAAAAUGGAUAUGUCAGCAUUACACCAACAAAAAUUGAUGUUACUGCUUAUGAACACAUGAAAAGCUUAGAAUCUUUCAAUAUGACUCUUUGA